AGAAAGGCCAGAAAAUAAUUGUGCUUAGAAAUAACAGUUACCUCCAGCUGGAAAACAAAAAAGACAGAACAGCUUGCAGGGGCAGGAAAAUACAAUAGAUUGUAGCUUCAAUGGAUGCCAGAAAUAUGUUUAUGAAAAACUGGCAGAUACUGUUUUGUGCAUUGUGCUGGUGAAGACAGCAGUGCAAGAAUAGGUGAAGAUGGAAUCAAGAAAUGCAAAACAGGAGUGAGUCCAUUUAGUCCUGGAAAAACCAUGGAAGAGGUUUCUGCUGGUUUUGGUGUUGCUUUUCCUGCCAGUGAACCAGAUGAUGAAGAUUUUGUCCUGUUUGAGCUCCUCAAGCCUCCCAAAGAUGCUUCUUAUGAGAUUCCAACCCUACAGAUUCUCUAUUUGAAAGAAGGAAGGAAGGUAUUCCAAGGCCUUAAUGCCAUCACUGAGCAAUAUCUUUUCAAACUAAGGAAGGAGAAAGGGAUAAAUGUUCCAAGAGGGUGUUACCAUGCAGUGAUAACAACAGAAGAAAUGGUAAAUUUUGAUUACUGGAGGCAGGCAAGGAUGGGUAGGUUGAGACAAAGAUUUUUCAUUACAAGUGGGAUAGAGCCUUGGAAUUUUGGACCAAGGAGACCACAGAUGUGGCAAGUAUCUUAAAGCAAGUUGAUAGUGAUGGAUGGGUCUUAUUGAGCAUUACAGAACAGCAUCAUUAUGGAAUGUGGAGAGACUGGAAAUGGAGGCAACUUGAGGAGAAAGACUUUUUGUAAUUUUAAAUAAAAUCAGUAAAGGACAGCUAUUUGGCACAGUGUAAUACUAGUAAUUAAACACCUAACGGGUCAUGUGUUCACUCUAACAGUUUCAAUUGGGUUUUGAAGCAUGCUUAAUUCAAGUUAUCCAAAAUUCCCCAGCUCCAAAUUGUGAAUAGUACUUAGACAUGGCCAGAGAACAUCAAUAGAGAAUGUGACCUCUUAAGCAUGUUCACAUCAGACCCAUGAAUUUGUCCACAAAACCUCCUUUGGAGUUGUUUAGUUCCAGAGUUUUAUAUCCAGUGCAUUUCCAGAGCAGUAAAAUUUUAAAAAAUGACACAAACAUUUAAAUUGCAAAGAAUUUAUUUAAAAUCUUUACGUUUACAGCAACCCAUAUAAAAAAAGAAAUCUUACCAACCGUUAUGAGUGAAUGGGUGAAUAAAAUAGCCUUGACUCCUUGAUCUGGUGUCAACUGCUUUAUUUUAUUCAUAAGUAUAUAAGGGCAAAUUGGAAGGACAGAAACAGUUACU